CAAUAAAAAAACAUACACAUUUCUUGAAAUCUCAUUUUGACCAUCACCGUCAUUCACGAACCAGAACCUGAGCUCUUGGGCGAGACAAGCAUGGAGCCUGCACCUUUAUCGGCAUCAGAGAUCGCGGCCAAGUUGAAUCUGCAGCCUCAUCCCGAAGGUGGGUUUUUCGUCGAGACUUUCCGUGAUGGUUCGGUUCAACUUCUCAAGUCUCAGCUCCCCCCUGAAUAUAGAGUCGACCGCCCAGUGUCUACUUGCAUAUACUUUCUGCUUCCGUCUGGGAGUGUAUCUCGCCUGCAUCGUAUUCCCUGUGCUGAAACCUGGCAUCAUUACAUAGGAGAACCUCUUACGGUCGUGGAAAUAAAUGAUAAGGAUGGGAGUGUCAAGUUUACCUGCCUUGGAUCUAAUCUGGCUGAUAAUCAGAAACCACAGUACACAGUGCCCCCCAAUGUGUGGUUUGGUUCAUUCCCAACAAAGGAUUUUGAGGUAUCUCCAGAUGGGUCUGUGCGAAGAACCCCUCCUAGAGAUGGUGAGAGCCAUUACUCCCUUGUAGGUUGCACUUGUGCCCCUGCCUUUCAGUUCCAGGACUUUGAGCUGGGAAAACGUUCUGACCUUGUCUCACACUUUCCCCUCUUGGAGUCUCUCAUCAAUGCACUCACAUAUCCUGAUUCCUGAGCGAGUCACUGAGAAUGUAUUUUCAUUUGGAAAGCUUGUGAUAUUGGUUGCCAGAUAUCAAACCUCUUGUCCUAGUCGGUUCCCUUCUAUGCAGGUGUGGAUUAUUUCUGUAUUUUAUAAAAUCUGAAUAUUUAGAACCUAACGAGACUCACAUAAUGGUUCUCCGUACACUUCUUUCAAUAUCACUUAUUGGGAUAAUAGGGUAUUGGAGACUCAAAAUAGAUCCUAUUUUGAAGUUC